CGCUUCUUCUUUCUGUUUUUCCGGUUCUCUCGGUUGGGUCUGCUUAUUUGCAGUCUCGCGGACGCACAAAGCAGGCGACAAGGCAAUUUAGGUCACACGAAGAAGCUGUCAAUGGAGUUGGUAACGGAGAAGAAGGAAUUCGAUGCUGCAAACGACAACAAGCAGCUCAACACUGCUCAAACAGUUCUUGAUUCUUCUUAUCCACCCUCACUCGCCGCCGAUGACCACAAGUUCGCAUUUUGGUACACUCGUCGGACACCUGGAGUUCGGACUCAAACAUCAUAUGAGGACAAUAUAAAAAAGAUUGUGGACUUUAGCUCGGUUGAAGGUUUUUGGGUAAGCUAUUGCCAUUUGGCUCGUCCCUCUUCAUUGCCAAGCCCAACAGAUCUGCAUCUUUUUAAGGAAGGAAUACGCCCACUCUGGGAGGACUCUGCUAACUGCAAUGGUGGGAAGUGGAUUAUAAGAUUUAAGAAAGUUGUAUCUGGUCGGUUUUGGGAAGAUUUGGUUCUCGCAUUAGUGGGCGACCAACUUGAUUUCGGCGAUAACAUAUGUGGUGCCGUACUUAGCAUUCGUUUCAACGAGGAUAUUUUGAGUGUCUGGAACCGCAAUGCAUCCGAUCAUCAGGCCGUGAUGGGUUUGCGAGAUUCAAUCAAACGGCACUUAAAGCUCCCACAUGGGUAUGUCAUGGAAUACAAACCCCACGACGCGUCUCUGCGUGAUAACUCGUCAUACAGAAACACAUGGUUGCGAGGGUGAAAGGAGGAGAUGCGCCUCAUCUGCUGCUAUGGCUACGGGUAUGGCUGCCGAGUCAUACAAGGGUGAAUGAUAUUAGCAUGGUCUGUGUCCCGUAAUUGCUUUUGACCCUUCUUUUAACGUCAGCAAUUAAUUCACUUUUUUGAGGACUUUGGAGCUUUUUCUUUAUUUUACAUGUUUGCUCUGAUGAGAGGAGAAUAGGGCUUGUAAUGUAAAUAUGUGGGCAAUUUCUAACUGCAGCCUGCUCUAAAUUCACAAGACAAGUCAACUUCUGUUUACAUGUUAUAACUUAAAAUUGUUCUCUCAUUCUUUUCUAGGACAAAACUUAACUGUCUCUUUGAAAUCA